AUGCCGCUGGACGAGGUCAAGACAUCGCGAUCACUUCCUGGCGGCUGGCUUGAAAGAGGUCACGGAGCUGUAGUUAUAUUUAUUAAAGAUUUUCGUGAUCCACUCGAGCGUCGUAAGAAACUUUUAUUGCGUCCGUGGGCAAGCAUCAAAGACGUUAAAGAUCAACUCCAAGUCGUUUUUAACGUACCUUCCAAUGCACAAAAGCUAUUUUAUCAAGGGCGAGAGCUGAAAAAUGCACAUAAUUUACAACAGUGCGGCAUUGAUCAAGACAACGCUGUUGUUGAUUUUGUGGCACGAAAACCACAGAACCUGGACAUACAUGAUUAUGACGGGGGAUACGAUAGUAGUACAAUCAAGGAGAAGAGUCGUUGUAUUGGGGUUAAUGAUACGGCUUUGUCCCGCGUGAAUGGUAGAAUAUCGAAGAACUUGCGGCCAGACCAGGUACCUGUCGUGAAUAUUCACCCGUACGGUGUUCAUCUACUUCCAGUUACUCUGAUGAAGGUCACACACCAGGCUUUACAAGGUCUUGCAUUGGGUCUCGCACCAGUAUUAGCAAUGGACGGUACCGGAGGCACAUAUUUCUUUAAAGAUCCAUCUCAUCGUAAUGUAGGUUGCUUCAAACCUCAAGAUGAAGAACCGUUUGGGCCUAAUAAUCCGCGUGGGUUAGUCGGACACCUGGGUCAGAGUGGACUUCGUCGAGGGAUUCUUUCUGGAGAAGCCUGUGAGCGUGAACUCGCCGCCUAUAUACUGGACAAGGAUCACUUUGCUGGAGUUCCCGCGACAUCCCUUGUUGAGUCACGGCAUCCGGUAUUCAAUUAUUCGAGCAGCGCAGGCGCUUUGUAUUUUAAAAUUGGAUCGUUUCAAGAAUUUGUACGACACGACGAUGUGACCGCAACGAUGCAAAUAUUCUCGUGCGUAAACGACGGUCACCUACCAAAGAUCACGCAGACCCAAGAAGAUGCAGAUCGCUUGGCUGAACAAAUUCCAUUGCGGCGUGCUUGUAGACGCAACAUGAUUAUCGCUAGUAUGGUGGUGCAGAGAAGUAUCCGUGCCGAUCUCAAAUUAUUUGAAAUUGCUCGUUUCAUGUGUCGUGAAGAUCUGGACGCGCCUUCCACUUUAGAGCAGCUAUGCAUUGAAGCAUUUCACCAACUGCAGGUAGUCAAGCAGCGCAAGCAAAACGACGCUCUAUUUUACAACAUCCAUAUACCGCCACCAAAUGCGCUUGCCGGGAAGGCAAGCGAGUCCGUUGCUGCGACUGAGGAUCAACGACCUGUUCCGUUCACAAAUUUGUCCUCAAAUCGAGUGCCGUUUCGAAAUUUACAAGUAUCAAUUGACCCCUCCUGUUGCAGUGAAGCGUAUUGUUUUGAGCAGUCCCCUAGUGCUAGUGGAGCUCAAUCUCCACCUGGGUUUUGGGCUAGCUUUGCUCCAUUUAGUUCAGAAAAACGAAAAAAAGACAAGACAACCCCUCUUGACAAUUAUUCAGGAUCCGGCGAUAGAGAAAAGCAUUUUGAAAUGAAUCCACCGCGAACUUUGCGCAAUUGGGACGAAAUGGCAUUGACCGCUCUCUCUGACGCUGCCCAUCACGCAAGUGGUGGAUAUACAAAAUCAAUUGCUUCGCCGAUUGAAGCAUUAUCCAAUGACCAUGAAACGUCGGCAAGUUCCCGAUCCCCUAUAUCUUCAUUUAUCAGCGUAGAGGAUGAUAAGAAUGACUUUGAAAUUCUAAAUGACGCUCUCGAUGAUGACGUCCAGGAUGAAAACUUAUUUCUCAGUAUCUUAAGUCGGUUGCUGGAUGAACGUAUCGAAAUUGUCAAAUCACGGCAAGUUCAAGAAUUCAAGCGAAAUCAACGUGCCGAUUGUAAUAACAGAAUCAGAUCUAGAAUGAGUAAAAACUCACACGACGAUGUGCCGAAUCUUUGGACUUGCGCUCGAUCAUCUGAGGCUACACCAAUUUUAGCACGCCUGCUGCGAGACGAAGCACCUCCAGAUGAUCGCAAUGAUUAUGGUGAGACAGCACUGCAUGUGGCAGCAUCACACGGAAACGAUAAAGCAGUCAUACUUCUUCUUCAAUAUGGAGCCGACAUAAUGGGAGCAGAUUGGGAAUCUGGCUGGACGCCACUGCACCGUAGUUUGUACCACCAACAUCUAUCGACAUCUUUGUUGCUUCUGCGUCAUGCCCAGAUGCGCUUUGGGAGGAAAUUUUUGCGAAAGUAUCUGUACGAAACAAUAGAUCAUUCGCAGCAGAGUCCGUUGCAACUACUUUCGACAAGACUACAGCGGGAAAGCAAGCAUGUGUCAAACACAGCAAAUUCGCAUAAUGGCGGUCUUGUGUAUACUUUUGGAAAGCGAGACUAUCAGCUGGGAUACCACUUACCAAAUGCAGAUAUGCAAGUGACUCCACGACUCGUAAACAUUCCUGCUAGCUCACCAAUAACUCAAGUUAGCGCCAGCAAGUAUCACACCAUUGCACUCAAUGCAGCAGGCGAAUGCUUUGUUUGGGGAUUUGGUAAAGGUGGUCGCCUUGGUACUGGAAACGAAUUUGACUGUAUUGAGCCUACACGUCUAACAUCACUAGAGACCACACCUAUAAAAAAAGUGGCCGCGGGUGAGAAUCAUACGAUGGCGCUUUCUCGAACUGGCCAAGUUUUCUCAUGGGGAUCAAAUAGCUUCAGACAACUUGGAUACUCUGAAAAAAACACUUUGAUACAUAGUCGUCUCACACCGAAGCGUGUUGAUGCUCUUCGUUACCAGGUUGUGGCUGAGAUCGCAGCGUCUGGAUGCCAUUCUGCUGCAAUCGAUGCUAAUGAUGGUGCAUUGUACACCUGGGGCAGUAAUCGACGGGGUCAACUAGGGCGAAAGGAGAGGUGCGGAACAGAUCAGACUGACGCAACUCCUCGAAGUGUUGAUGCACUCUGUUUGCGACACUCGAUGUGCGUUGUUUACGGUGACUAUGAUUCUAUCCGUGCGGAGAAGAUAGCGCUGUCGGAUUGGCAUACUAUAGUGGUUCUACGCUGCGCUCAUAAUGGCCGCAGUCUAGGUCAAGUUUGGCAAUUCGGCUACGGCUCCUAUCGUCCUAGUCGUGUGAAUAUUACAUCUGCCGUCUCGACAAUUGUAACCGGUUCUGUCAUGUGCGACACAUGGAUUCCCACUUGUAAGCAGCGCGAUUUAGACAUUUUGGAUGUGUCGUGCGCUCAAAACCAUUCCAUUGCAUUAAGUGCUUGUGGCUCUGUUUUCACUUGGGGGCACAAUGCGCCAGCACUUUCACACCAAUCAAGCAACAUUUCUCGAAACAAAUGUGCUCAUUUGUCAAGGAAUGGUGUGCCACCGAUACCGUCACCUAGUGCACCUCAGAAAGUAUUGCUUGCUACUUACGGACCUGUGACAAGUGUGUGUGCUUUUCAGGAUCACUGUGCCGUUGUUACGCAGCAAGGUGAUCUUGUGACAUGGGGCUGUGGCCAACAAGGUGUAUUGGGUCAUGGACGUGAUAAUACGUGGCAGCCAAAACCAAAGCGUGUUAAAGGUGUGAAAAAGGCUGUUGCAGUAGCUGCAGGCCAUCAACACAUGGCAGUGCUUGUUGCACCCCUGCAUCCCGAAUUUAGCACUAUCACAGAUGAUACAUCAUGUUGCCAGGGCGUGGUGCCCUCUUUAGUAACUUUGGUGGAGAGUAAAAUUGCAGCAUAUGUGGACAUAAUGAAUUGUGCAUCAGUAUGGCAUCAUGCUGAACGCUAUGCUGCAGUUCGAUUGUCACGCUACUGUGUUGAGUACAUGCAAUACAAUUGGGACGCUGUGUUAGACUCCGUUGGGCGAGAUCGCAUGGAAUUGCUUUAUGAUCUGAUGCUACCGCCUGUACAGGAUUUAAAUCUAGAGGAAAAAUCAUUAUCAGUAGAAGUGGUGGAGAAGCCUGGCAAGAAAAAGAGAAGUGCAAAGAGACCAACAAAAGAAAUCAAAAAUGAACCCACACCGUUGAUCGCUACAUCGAAAGAACCUCCUACAGUCUGUCAACGAUUGGUGACAGUGGCCAGCUUGGAAAGCAUUUCGAUCAAGUCAUCCUCGACGUCAAACAAGGCGACUAGACACCGCAAGAGCAGAAAUAGCAAAUUUCCCCUGGCACUUGACUGA